AUGGAUGCGAUGAAAACGACGACGACGGACGACGCGACGCCCGACGGCGGCGCGCGGGCGCGGGAGAACGUCAUGGUGUUCGUCCGUAAUCUCCCGUACGACGCGGACGACAAGGCGGUGCUCGAUGUGUUCAGCGAUGCGUUCGGACCGGUGAAGGAGUGUUGGACGGUGGCGGAGCGCGGGACGGGGACGCGGCGGGGGUUCGGAUACGUCAAGUUUGCGAUUCCGGAGGACGCGCGAGCGGCGGUGGAGGCGAGUGGAACGAUUACGUUGAAUGGACGGAAAUUGGGGGUGUCCAUGGCGCGACCGAAGGAGCGAGAGGGGGGCGAGCGGGGCGCGCGGCGGCCGGCGGGCGAGGACGGGACGGCGACGGACGAAAGGAAAGACGAUCGAGGCGGAGAGGUCGGGACGGUGAAGACGGAGGGAACGAACGCGCGAGCGAAGACGCAGAGGUCGAAGGCGACGGCGGGCGGGGGGAAAGACGCGCCCAGGACGGUGGUGAUUGGAGGGUUGAAACUCGGCGGCGAAAUCGAGGGCGUGGACGCGGACGCCGCGAAAGCGCUCGCGAGGAAGGUUGGCGCGGUCAAGAGCUUUAUUGAACCGUGUCCGGAGACGGUGAUGAAGUCGGCGAAGAUUCGCGAGGACGGAUGCAAACGCGGAGCUCUGCUAGUGGUGUACAAGGACGAGGCCACCGCGCGCGAGGCGGUGAAGGCGCUUCACGGCCAAGCGCCCAAGUCUAAAAAGCAGAGGAAGAACAAGAAGAACGACGAUGAAAAUGACGAAACGCCGAAAGAAACGAUUUGGGCGCGAACACUCGGUGGUGAGGGGUCGAAACCGAAGCAGUGGCGCGUGAUCGUUCGAAACUUAUCCUUCAAGGCGACGGAGGCGUCGAUUCGCGAGGCGAUGAGCGCGGCGGGUUUCGUGUGGGACGUCAACGUUCCUAAAGACUUUCACGACAAGCCCAAGGGGUUCGCUUUCGUGACUUACACGAGUAAGGCGGACUCGGAUAAAGCGGUGAGCGAUUGUAACGGCGUGAGCAUUGAGGGGAGACAAGUCGCGGUGGACAUCGCGUUGGCGAAAUCCAAGUUUCGUGAGGAACAAGACGCCGCGGCGAACAACGCGACAGAAGACAAGGAUAACGACAAGGAUGGUGCGAGUGAUGAAGAUUUAGACGAUGGGAGCGACAGCGAUGGGUCUGACGACUCCGAUUCUUCCUCGUCGUCCUCAUCGUCGAGCGAAAAAGACGAAGAGACUCGCGACAAGAGCAUGGUCUCACGCUUGCUCGGUAAGAUGAUAUCCAAGGAUCAGCCUCCGAAUAAGGUGGCCGCACCGAAGAAGGCGGAGAAGAAAGCGGCAGCGGUGACCGAGGCCAAGGCCGACGGUGUGGAGCCGGCGUGGCAGGGUAAGAAGGGUGUCGACAUGCAAUCUGGCGACGCGGUCGAGAACGCGACCGUCUUCGUCAGAAAUCUCCCGCUCGAGGCGACGUGGCAACAGCUCAAGGAAAAGAUGGAAAAAUUUGGCAAGGUGAAGAGUUGUCGAGUGGUCAAGGAUAAGACCACGGGUAAGCACGUUGGGAACGCUUUCGUGGACUUUACGAACCCCGAUUCGGCGAAUGCAGCCGUGGAGGCGGGCGCCCAGGAGAGCGCUGGCAUUUUUGUCGCCGGUCGUCCGAUCACGGUCGCCUUAGCGCUCUCCAAGACAGAGGCACAAGACAUGAUGGCUAGGCAAGGCUCGAAAUAUCGUAACGCGAACAAACACAGAGAUAAUAGGAAUCUCUAUCUCGCGAGCGAGGGCGAUAUUCACGAGGCUUCCGCGGCGGCGGAUGGCGUGAGCAAGAGCGACAUUGAAAAACGACGAAGGGCAAACGAAGAGCGCCAGCUCAAGCUGAAGAAUCCAAACUUUUUCGUCUCGCGGACUCGUCUUUCGGUGCGUAACAUCCCUCCGGAGAUGGAUUCCAAGACUCUUAAAAAGAUGUUCAUCGAGGCGGUGCAGAAGCGCGCAACGCACGCGGCGCCGAAAGUCAUGCACGCCAAGUUGUUGUACGACUCGGAAAGAAUGGACGAGAACGGAAAGCCAAAAAAUAAAGGCAUUGGUUUCGUCGAAUUUUCAGAGCACGAACAUGCUCUCACGGCGCUGCGCGCGUUGAACAACAACCCGGACGCGUUCACCAGAGCUCGACGUCCCAUCGUCGAGUUCGCGAUUGAAGACGCCAGAGCUGUGCGCAAACUCGAGCUCAAGGCCAAGCGACGGGACGAGAUUACCAAAAAGCGCAGCGAAGAGGGCGACAAGCCUCGCGGUGCCGAGCAAGCGGCCAAGCGCGUCGCCGCCAAGGAGAAGAGAUCGGGCGAAGGUCCGAUGAAGAAGCGACUCCGAGAUGGCGACCAAGACAAGCCUCACGCGAGGCCAAAUCGAGACACCGACACCGAACCUCGCGCGAAGAAGGGCAAGUCCAAGCGUGAAGACGCCAAAUCCAACGCGGCGAGCAAAUUGCAACAGCGCGCCGCCGCGGCGCAAAAGCGUGAACGCCGAGAUGAGCGUCCGAGUCUGAACGAUGAAGCGCCGGGCAGACGUAAAAAGCACAUCGCAGAGAAGCGCGACCGCACCGACGACCUCAUCGACGCCUAUUUCUCCAAAGACUCCGGCACCGGCGGUCUCAAAUCUUGGCUCUGA